AAUUAAAAUUAAAACAUAAAAUAAAAAAUAUAAGUUCAUAUUAAAAAUAAAAAUCUACUCAUUAUGGUCUCUAAACAAUCCCACUACAGCCUUUUUAAAAUUCGGUAGUGUGUCAGCAAAAAUGUCCACUUCACUUUUCAGUUGCUAAGAUGACGCUACCUACAAUUAAAUAGAUCGGACUUACUUACUUGUGACGUCCGAUCCUCAAUUGUGUAGGUAGCGUCAUCCUCGCUAGGUCCCAACCCAUCCCGGAUAAUUAACAACUAAAACUACCAAAAAGUUAAGUUCGACGACCCAAUAAUCUGCCGUCAUCACUCGACACUGGCAGAAUAGUCGACAACACCGUAUUCGAGACUCUGUUGCCGAUAAUAAGAAAAAAAAAAUAAGAUACAUUGGCUGUUGUUUUUAAUUAUUCUUUUUGAUUACAGAUUGAAUUGCAACUAAACUGCUUAAUAAAAGAUGAACCCGACUAAUAAACUUGCGUAUAAACGCCACAAGUAUUCAGGGCCGCGAAAAUCACGAAAAAAGGUGCAAGCCGCAUUCAAACGACAUCAUCAAAGUUCUUUUCUAUACCGGGUGGAAGCAUGGCGUACAAAGAAGGAGAAGGUAGUGGAAGAAACCGCGAACUGCCCUGUUGUAUUUAGUCCACAUACAAUUGAAGAUCCUCUUCAGCUGUCCAACGUUUCGACAGCUGAAGCUACGCCCAAAAUCUAUUCGAGCGAACAAACUUCGAACGCGGACUCUGUUUUUGAGACUUCAACAUCUGAACAUUUAUCUGAUAUCGUCGAUAUUGAGGACGUCCACUGUAAUAACGAACAAACUUCGAACGCGGACUCUGUGCUUGAGACUUCAACAUCUGAGCAUUUAUCUGAUAUCGUCAAUAUUGAGGACGUCCACUGUAAUAUUGAAUAACCUUCACAAGUACACUUUGUCAAUAAGACCAAAGACACCUUACCUCCUGGACCGUCAUCUGGUAAAGACAAAGAGGAAGAUGACCGUAAUUCGAAUCCCCCAUUGAAAAUAGUAAAUAGUAAUAGUCGUCGUCGUAAAAUCGCUAAAAAGACGGAAAUCCCCAAUUCACAAGAACUUCCUCUGAAAGAAACACCUGUGGUUCAGCCGUCUUCGUCUGCACAACCGCCUUCAUUCCAUAUAGUCUUCCAAGAUGAUGAGGAAGUCGAUUUAGAUGCCGAUGUUUUUAAGUAUGGCGAGCCAAAACGAGCACGACGUAAUACUACAAAAAACGGACCAUGCGGUGGUGCAAAAGCCUCAUCCCCUAAACCUGAGCUAUUACAUUAUAAUGGUUGUAUCAAUAAAGGUUCCGACAUCGGUGAUUCUGAAGACGACCUUCUUCAGUCCACGUACGAACGAAGUGCUACGGCGGAGCCCGCACGCGAAAUAGACUUAACGCAGUUUCAAGCUGCAGUGUUAAAGAAGGAGGAUGAAGUCAAUGAUAAAGCUAUACGCAAAAUAGUCUCUAAAAACUGCAGUUCCACCUUCAUAUGGAAUACUGACACAUUAAUGUUUCAAGGACGACGGGAGACAUUUUCAAGUAAACCGGGACCCACAUUAAAAUUGACAAAACAGACUAAGCCUAUUGAAAUAUUUUACGAAAUGUUUGACAAUGAUUUCAUUGAACUUUUAUGUAUUGCAACCAAUAGGAAAGCAGAAGACAUGAUUGCUUUGAGCCGAAAACAAAACAAAUUUACAACGCAAUCCCGAUUUUAUCAGUGGGUUCCCAUAGAUAGAGACGAAAUGAUAACCUUUUUGGCUAUAAUUAUCCUGCAAGGCCUUUAUCGGCUUCAAAACGACAAAGCCUACUUUGUGUUUAAUGGUUUUGGCACUACGCCCUAUUUCGCAAAAAUUAUGUCAUAUGACCGUUUUACAUUGCUAAAAGAUUGCUUAUGUUUCGAGAAUAACCAUGACAUACAGGACACCACUAGACUCGGUAAAAUAAAACCCGUCAUUGAUUACUUGAAUUUAAAAUUUUCUGGCCUCUACAUGCCUUCACAAGAGAUAGUCAUCGAUGAAACUCUCUUGAAAUGUAAUGGGAGAUUAAGUUUCGCCCAAAAAGUUUCAUCCAGAGCCGCAAGAACAGGAGUAAAAACUUAUGAGUUGUGUGAAUCAUUGACGAGUUACCUCUGGAAAUUUUACGUAGAUGCUGGCAAAGACAAAUCAACUGGACUCGAUGAGGCACACACAAAUGAUGACCUAGACGAGGAUGAUACAAAUGGCGAACUAGAUAAGGAGGAGACAAUAAUUGAUCAAUUUGCUAAAGAUGUUGAAGCUGUUGAUAUUAUACCGAGUGAAAAUGAAGACUGUAGUAUUAAAAUUGUUUACAACUUGAUCGAGCCGCUGCUUCAUCGUGGACAUACUUUGAUAAUGGAUAAUUUUUAUAAUAGUCCAUUAUUAUUGCGACACCUGAAGAAACACAAGACGGAUUGUUAUGGAACCUUACGACUGAGCAGAGAAUUCGUUCCUGAUUCUGUAAAGAAAUUAACAAAGAAAAAUCUUCGACAAGGAGAAGCAAUAGGCACGCACUGUUCUGAUUUGGGUAUUAUGGUAUGGCGAGAUGCCAACAUUGUUAGUAUGAUCUCAACAUACCAUAAUUUCCAAACCCGUUCUUUAGAAACCACUAACAAAAUGGGUUAUAAACCAAUAAUAGUAGACGACUAUAAGAAGUGUAUGGCAACACUUCAUAAAAAGGACCAAUUCCAAUCACCUCAACCUAUGAACCGGGUUCGAUGCAGAGGCUGGUAUAAAACGCUCUUCUACCGGUUGUACAAUGCAGGUAUAUUCAACUGUUUUGUAAUAUAUUCCAGUUUUCACACUGGAAUAACACAUCGUAAUUUCCGUGUAGCAUUAGCAGAAGAUUUAGUCAGGAUACAUAGGCAAAUAUGUAUAAUAAGGGAAUCCCGAAGUUUGAAUAUAAAUCCCGAAGUUCCUAGUUCCAACAUGACUGGAGACGUAAAGACAUUAGAAAAACGAAGGAAUAUUAAAGCAAGACCGACGGUGGAAGGUAACCACUUCCCGAUGCGUACAGGGAGUUAUCACACACGUUGUCGGUUUUGCCCUAAAAAAACCAGAACAGUUUGGAAAUGCGAGGAAUGUAACGUGAAUCUUUGUAUUUUGGGAUGCUUUAAGGCGUUCCACAAGUCAUAGUUUAUUAUUGAAUUGAAAGUAAAGUGUCAUGCACCUAUAUUAGGUGUUCCUUAAAAUUUAAGAGAUUGUUAUGAAAAAUGGCGUUUUCUGAGUUCGCACGGGUCCUUGGACCAAUUUUUUGUGUUUUGGACUUCUAAAAUUGUGUUUCUGUCUCAUAGUGUCCUUCAAAGGAGUGAUAUGAUAACUUCUAAAGUAAUUUAGAUAUAACAAUUUUAAUGUACAUUUAGGCCUGUUAUACACGGACUGCUUAAAGCAGUCAGAAUCGACUGCUUCUAGUUACGACUGCAUAGUGAACUAUAGACUUCUACUAUUUACGUAAUUACGUACAUACAUGCUUGAGCAGUUGCUACUGCAUCGGGCAGUUGACAUUCUAUCAUGCGGUCGAGCAGUCGUCAGGCAUGCACCGACUCCUCUCACUGCCAACUCCUCUCGUUGCCAACUCCUCUCGUGCGUCCACCCCCGUCCACGCUUUUCAUUGCACGUCAUUUAGAUGAUUACGUCCAUUAAGAUGACCUCGCACGUCAUCACUGUAGCUCACCACCUUAUAUUAGAAAUUCAAUUAUUAAAAUAUGCUUCAGUUGUGUUUGCCCUAGUUUUUCUAAGAAUUGCACUAUAAUUAAUUAAAAUAUAUUAUUGACCAUUUAAAAGUUUGACUGAAAGAGUUAUCAAUGGCAGCUUCAAGGUGUUCACUCCGUUUGCCACGGCGGUGUAAGUUUUGUUACUGAGUAACUGCUCGAGCAGUUCGUGUAUGUUAGGCCUUAAUGGGAUGACUGACUACCUAUAUAAGAUUAAAAAAAAGAUCUACUUAUUUCGAGAAUGAGAAUAUUAUGUACAUUAAAUAUAUGUACCUACGAAGCCUUAAUUCGUAACAUCUACAUGUUACAAUUUUGUCGUACAAUCGUCGUUAUGAUGAUUUGCAGUUUACAUACAAAAUUUCCGUUGUACUGUGCCUCAUAGCACAAUGUCCGAUAUACAUUGUUUUAGUAGUUAUAUAUAGUGAAAGUUGGUAGGUAUAAUACUCUUUAUUAGUUAUUCGACAUAAAAAUUCGUAGGUACUUUCUUAAUUUUACAUUACAGCAACAUUCUAUAAAUAAUAAUAAUACAUUAUUGUGAUUUUUAUCUAGAACUAAUCUUAA